AUGGCGUCGCAUUCCAAUUCCAAUGGGAUUAUGCGCUCUGAUAAAUUCGAUGCAGCGAAGGGGAGGGGAGAGAGCAAUGUCGUUAAUGGUGACAGCAUCAGCAAGAGCCAGUCGGAUACGCUGGAUACAAUGCGGACGAUAGGGCGGUUGAAGCUUCGUGGGAAAAUGGAUGAUUUACCACAGAAUUGGUGGUUCGCAUCCACGACAAUCCCCCUCCUCGCCGCCACGAUCGGACCUCUCGCAAAUGUACUGUCGAUUACAGCGUUAGUCAUAAAAUGGCGCUCAGCACUGCCGAAUAAUGGACAGUUGCCCGAGGGGACGGAUGCUAAUGGGGUUCCUAUACCGGAUCCGGAGUGGUGA